CUGCUGAGGCUGAAGUGUGGAGGCAACAUGUCGGCGACUGCAGCGGCCUCGGGAAAGCGGGGGAGGCCGACGGGCCCGGGUGCGGGGAAGCGGCGGCGGAAGCCCGACGUUGAGGGGGAGCCGGCCCGGGCCAAGGUGGGUACCAAGAAGAGAGCCAAGCUGAGCGAGGAGAUUUCCAGCGACUCGGAGCCGGAGAGCCCUGAGGACCCUAGGAAAAAGGAAGAGGAAGAUGAGGAACUGGAGGAGACUGCCCAGGAGAAGAAGCUCCGGCUAGCUAAGCUGUACUUGGAACAGUUGAGGCAGCAAGAGGAGGAGAAAGCUGAAGAAGAGGCCUUUGGGGAUGACCAGGUGGCUGGGCGUCUAAAGGAAGAUGUGCUUGAGCAGAGAGGUCGACUUCAGAAGCUGGUGGCAAAGGAGAUCCAGGCUCCAGUGGCCGCAGACAUCCGGGUCCUUCGGGGCCACCAGCUGUCCAUCACGUGCCUGGUCAUCACCCCUGACAACUCAGCCAUCUUCUCUGGAGCCAAAGACUGCACCAUCAUCAAAUGGAGUGUGGAGAGUGGGAAGAAGUUGCACCAGAUACGGAGGGUGAAAAAGGGAGCUGAGGGCCAGCCGCCCGGGCACGCUGACCACAUCCUCUGCAUGGCUAUCUCCUCAGACGGCAGAUACCUGGCCACAGGAGACAAGAAUAAGCUGAUCCUGAUCUGGGACGCAGAUACCUGCAAGCACCUCUGUACCUUCACAGGGCACCGGGAUGCAGUGUCGGGCCUGGCAUUUCGGAAGGGCACGCACCAGCUGUACAGCACAUCCCACGACCGCUCUGUGAAGGUGUGGAACGUGGCCGAGAAUGCCUACAUAGAGACCCUUUUUGGGCACCAGGACGCCGUGAUGGCCCUGGAUGGACUGAGCCGGGAGAGCUGCGUGACAGCGGGGGGCCGCGACGGCACCGUCCGUGUCUGGAAGAUUCCCGAGGAGUCGCAGUUGGUCUUCUACGGCCACCAGGGCUCUAUUGAUUGCAUCCAGCUCAUCAAUGAGGAACACAUGAUAUCUGGCUCAGAGGAUGGCUCGUUGGCUCUAUGGGGUCUCUCCAAGAAGCGGCCCCUCACCCUCCAACAAAAAGCCCAUGGGAUGCGUGGAGAAGAAGGCUUGGAGCAGCCUUACUGGGUGUCAUCGGUGACAGCACUGCUCAACACAGACCUUGUGGCCUCAGGAUCUCACAGUUCCUUUGUGCGACUCUGGCAGUGUGCAGAGGGUUUCCGGAAGUUGGAACCACUCUGGGACAUCCCUUUGGUUGGCUUCAUCAACAGCCUCAAAUUCUCCAGCACAGGAGACUUCCUGGUGGCAGGCAUUGGGAAGGAGCACAGGUUGGGACGCUGGUGGCAAGUCAAAGAUGCCAAGAACUCGGUGUGCAUCAUCCCGCUGCGGAGAGUGCCUCCUGCUGCUGCAGCGGGCUCCUGACCCCUUCCUCCACAGCCCUCUCCUGUUUAUUUGACUCUCUUCCCUGCCCCCACUGUUUGUAUUAAAUUAGCCUGUGGUCAGUCCAGGCCCCAGAC